AUGUCUUUCAUCAUGCUCAUCAACUUCUAUAUCUAUGUUAAGAAGUAUCUGAAGCUCUGGCUCUUGAAUAUCACCUACUGUCUGGGUAUUCUUCUGGUCUUUUUAUUUGGGGGGUUGGGUUACCUCUCCUUGUGGUUUUUCAAUGGCAUCCUCAAAUACUUGGGUGGAGAACCUAUCCAAACCUUUCCUGAGUUUGUGGCUAGUCUGGAAAGAGUGGAACAGGAUGUUGAGUUGGAUACCCUUCCUCAAGAUUCUAUCACUCCUGCACUCGCUCCUGCGCCGUCCGUCGUCGACUCGCGCAAAUUCCCUGCGCCGUACUCGCACAAAUUUCAGGCUGACAUCAAUACCCCGCCUGUCUAA